GGAGCGCAGCGGCGCCGGCUCGCGGAGCCCGAACAGAGCCAGCUGGGGCGCCCAGCGGCGCGCACAGCCUGCGGCCGCGCCGGCGAUGCGGGGCCGCCCCGCGCCCGCCCCAGUCCUGGCCCCGGCCCCCGCGGGAAGGGGCUGAGCCGCCCGCCGCCGCCCGGAUGGCGAGCCUCGCCGCGCUAGCCCUCAGCCUGCUCCUGCGGCUGCAGCUGCCGCCGCUGCCCGGCGCCCGGGCGCAGAGCGCCGCAGGUGGCUGUUCCUUUGAUGAGCACUACAGCAACUGUGGAUAUAGUGUGGCCCUAGGGACCAAUGGGUUCACAUGGGAGCAGAUUAACACGUGGGAAAAACCAAUGCUGGACCCAGCAGUGCCUACAGGGUCCUUCAUGAUGGUGAACAGCUCUGGGAGGGCCUCUGGCCAGAAGGCCCACCUUCUCCUGCCUACCUUGAAGGAGAAUGAUACCCACUGCAUCGACUUCCAUUACUACUUCUCCAGCCGUGACCGCUCCAGCCCCGGGGCCUUGAAUGUCUACGUGAAGGUCAAUGGUGGGCCCCAGGGGAACCCCGUCUGGAAUGUGUCUGGGGUCGUCACCGAGGGCUGGGUGAAGGCAGAGCUCGCCAUCAGCACCUUCUGGCCGCAUUUCUAUCAGGUGAUAUUUGAAUCCGUCUCUUUGAAGGGUCAUCCUGGCUACAUCGCUGUGGACGAGGUCCGGGUCCUGGCUCAUCCAUGCAGAAAAGCGCCUCAUUUUCUGCGACUCCAAAAUGUCGAGGUAAAUGUGGGACAGAACGCCACAUUCCAGUGCAUUGCUGGUGGGAAGUGGUCUCAACAUGACAAACUUUGGCUCCAGCAAUGGAAUGGCAGAGACACGGCCCUCAUGGUCACCCGCGUGGUCAACCACAGGCGCUUCUCAGCUACGGUCAGUGUGGCAGACACUGCCCAGCGCAGUGUCAGCAAGUACCGCUGUGUGAUCCGCUCAGACGGAGGGUCCGGGGUGUCCAACUAUGCAGAGCUGAUUGUGAAAGAGCCUCCCACCCCCAUCGCCCCCCCGGAGCUGCUGGCUGUGGGGGCCACCUACCUGUGGAUCAAGCCCAACGCCAACUCCAUCAUCGGGGACGGCCCCAUCAUCCUGAAGGAGGUGGAGUACCGCACCACCACCGGCACCUGGGCCGAGACCCACAUAGUCGACUCUCCCAACUACAAGCUGUGGCACUUGGACCCCGACGUGGAGUACGAGAUCCGGGUGCUGCUCACACGACCCGGCGAGGGUGGCACAGGACCACCAGGGCCUCCCCUCACCACCAGGACCAAAUGUGCCGAUCCCGUGCAUGGCCCACAGAACGUGGAGAUUGUGGACAUCCGGGCCCGGCAGCUGACCCUGCAGUGGGAGCCCUUUGGCUACGCAGUGACCCGCUGCCACAGCUACAACCUCACCGUGCAGUACCAGUACGUCUUCAACCUGCAGCAGUACGAGGCAGAAGAGGUCAUCCAGACCUCCUCCCACUACACCCUGCGGGGCCUGCGUCCCUUCAUGACCAUCCGGCUGCGGCUCCUGCUGUCCAACCCCGAGGGCCGGAUGGAGAGCGAGGAGCUGGUGGUGCAGACCGAGGAGGACGUUCCAGGAGCUGUUCCUCUUGAAUCCAUCCAAGGAGGGCCCUUCGAGGAGAAGAUUUAUAUCCAGUGGAAACCUCCAAAUGAGACCAAUGGGGUCAUCACACUCUAUGAGAUCAACUACAAGGCUGUGGGCUCACUGGACCCUAAUGCUGACCUCUCCAGUCAGAGGGGAAAAGUGUUCAAGCUCCGGAAUGAAACUCACCACCUCUUCGUGGGUCUGUACCCAGGGACCACCUACUCCUUCACCAUCAAGGCCAGCACCGCCAAGGGCUUUGGACCCCCGGUUACCACUCGAAUUGCCACCAAAAUUUCAGCUCCAUCGAUGCCUGAGUACGACACAGAUACCCCUCUGAAUGAGACGGACACCACCAUCACUGUGAUGCUGAAGCCGGCUCAGUCCCGGGGAGCCCCUGUCAGCGUUUAUCAGCUGGUUGUCAAGGAGGAGCGACUUCAGAAGUCACGGAGGGCGGCUGACAUCAUCGAGUGCUUCUCGGUACCUGUGAGCUACAGAAACGCCUCCAGCCUCGAUUCUCUGCACUACUUUGCUGCUGAACUGAAGCCUGCCAACCUGCCUGUCACCCAGCCAUUUACAGUAGGUGACAACAAGACUUACAAUGGCUACUGGAACCCCCCUCUCUCUCCACUGAAGAGCUACAGCAUCUAUUUCCAGGCACUCAGCAAAGCAAAUGGAGAGACAAAAAUCAACUGUGUUCGUCUGGCUACAAAAGGCGCCUCCACCCAGAACUCUAACACUGUGGAGCCAGAGAAGCAGGUGGACAACACGGUGAAGAUGGCGGGCGUGAUCGCUGGCCUCCUCAUGUUCAUCAUCAUCCUGCUGGGUGUGAUGCUCACCAUCAAAAGGAGAAGAAAUGCUUAUUCCUACUCCUAUUACUUGAAGCUGGCCAAGAAACAGAAGGAGACACAGAGUGGAGCCCAGAGGGAGAUGGGGCCUGUAGCCUCUACUGACAAACCCACCACCAAGCUCAGUGCCAGUCGCAAUGACGAAGGCUUCUCCUCCAGUUCUCAGGACGUCAACGGAUUCACAGAUGGCAGCUGUGGGGAGCUGUCCAAGCCCACCCUCACCAUCCAGACUCACCCCUACCGGACCUGUGACCCCGUGGAGAUGAGCUACCCCCGAGACCAGUUUCAGCCUGCCAUCCGGGUGGCCGACCUACUGCAGCACAUCACCCAGAUGAAGCGAGGCCAGGGCUACGGGUUCAAGGAGGAGUACGAGGCCUUACCUGAGGGGCAGACGGCUUCGUGGGACACAGCCAAGGAAGAUGGAAACCGUAACAAGAAUCGAUACGGGAACAUCAUAUCCUAUGACCAUUCCCGGGUGAGGUUGCUGGUGCUGGACGGAGACCCGCACUCUGACUAUAUCAAUGCCAAUUAUAUUGACGGGUACCAUCGACCCCGGCACUACAUUGCAACUCAAGGUCCAAUGCAGGAGACGGUAAAGGACUUUUGGAGAAUGAUCUGGCAGGAGAACUCCGCCAGCAUCGUCAUGGUCACAAACCUGGUGGAGGUGGGCAGGCACCCAGCGGAACACACUGUGGGAAAUGCCACACUAGGCCGCGCAGCGUCCCCCGGAAUGGUGAAGUGCGUGCGAUACUGGCCAGAUGACACAGAGGUCUAUGGAGACAUUAAAGUCACCCUGAUUGAAACAGAGCCCCUAGCAGAGUACGUCAUCCGGACCUUCACAGUCCAGAAGAAAGGCUACCACGAGAUCCGGGAGCUCCGCCUCUUCCACUUCACCAGCUGGCCUGACCACGGUGUCCCCUGCUAUGCCACAGGCCUUCUGGGCUUCGUUCGCCAGGUGAAGUUCCUCAAUCCCCCGGAAGCAGGGCCCAUAGUGGUCCAUUGCAGUGCUGGAGCUGGAAGGACCGGCUGCUUCAUUGCUAUUGACACCAUGCUCGACAUGGCCGAGAACGAAGGGGUGGUGGACAUCUUCAACUGUGUGCGUGAGCUCCGGGCACAGAGAGUCAACCUGGUACAAACAGAGGAGCAGUACGUGUUUGUGCAUGAUGCCAUCUUGGAAGCUUGCCUGUGUGGCAAUACCGCCAUCCCUGUGUGUGAGUUCCGCUCUCUCUACUACAACAUCAGCAGGCUGGACCCCCAAACGAACUCCAGCCAGAUCAAAGACGAGUUUCAGACACUCAACAUAGUGACACCUCGCGUCCGGCCGGAGGACUGCAGCAUUGGGCUCCUGCCCCGGAACCAUGAUAAGAAUCGGAGCAUGGAUGUCCUGCCUCUAGACCGCUGCCUGCCCUUCCUCAUCUCGGUGGAUGGAGAGUCCAGCAACUACAUCAAUGCAGCACUGAUGGAUAGCCACAAGCAGCCCGCUGCCUUCGUGGUCACCCAGCACCCUCUACCCAACACUGUGGCGGACUUCUGGAGGCUGGUGUUCGAUUACAACUGCUCCUCUGUGGUGAUGCUGAAUGAGAUGGACACUGCCCAGCUCUGUAUGCAGUACUGGCCCGAGAAGACCUCCGGGUGCUACGGACCCAUCCAGGUGGAGUUCGUCUCCGCGGACAUCGACGAGGACAUCAUCCACAGAAUAUUCCGCAUCUGUAAUAUGGCCCGGCCGCAGGAUGGGUAUCGCAUAGUCCAGCACCUCCAGUACAUUGGCUGGCCUGCCUACCGGGACACACCCCCCUCCAAGCGUUCUCUGCUCAAAGUGGUCCGACGACUGGAGAAGUGGCAGGAGCAGUAUGACGGGAGGGAGGGACGCACUGUGGUCCACUGCCUAAGUGGAGGAGGCCGUAGUGGCACCUUCUGCGCCGUCUGCAGUGUGUGCGAGAUGAUCCAGCAGCAGAACAUCAUCGACGUGUUCCACAUCGUGAAGACGUUGAGGAAUAACAAAUCCAACAUGGUGGAGACCCUGGAACAGUAUAAAUUUGUAUACGAGGUGGCAUUGGAAUAUUUAAGCUCCUUUUAGCCCAAUGGGAUGGGGAACCUGCUGGAGUCCACAGGCUGCUGCGGCCGAGCCCCCUUUUCUGUGAAUGGCAGUGACUGGGCUCAGGGGCACAAAGGUGACACCCGCCGCCCAACUCCAAGGAGAAGACUGGUGGUCCCACGUUGUGCAGUGGGCUCUGUACCUUCUUAGGGGGUCUCCUGUAGCUGUGGGAGAUGCCACGCUCACAGGCUCAGGCUUCCCUUCCACACCCGACCAGCCACAGCCCUGGGCCCAAGCAGAAGUGCACCCGCAAGCAAGGCCCUGGACAUCCGGUUCCCAGACCUCUUGCUUUCAUUCUUUCCAAGUUUGUGAAUCUCAUGGCAAGCCAACUGUGCAGGUGCUAGAGAGUGGGAGGCUGGCUAAUACGUCCUUUGCCCUCCUUCCCUUAGCAGUGUUGGGGAUGUGGGUUCUACUCCUCUGUGCUAUUAUGGAAAAGAUCAGGAACUUGGAAGUCAUGCUCUGGUGCCCCUUACACUCUCCUUCAGGGGCCUCUGGUAUCAGAUACCUGCCAGUCCGGAUCGGUGUGACCUUGGAGUGCCCCCUCAACCACAGCGGAGGCCACUGUCCAUCCUCAUACCAAACUUGCAUGGGGCUUGGCCCACUGCUAUUCCCUAUCCCUUCCCCAACCCAGGCCUUGACCUUCUGUCAUUCACUGGCCAGCUAACUGCCCACAGCACCCACUGAUAAAGGUUUUCCUUGCUUUUUUGUGGUCUGUGGGAGGGAAUGCAGGGAAUGUCGCUGUUCCUCCUCAUCUUUGUAAAAGAGCCAAGGGCAGGGCUUUGUCUGGCCUGUCUAAUGUAACCCCUGUGUCUCUUGGGUGAUAGCUUCCUUUAGGAGGAGCAAAAGGAUAAGAUUUGAUUAUUUUCUCAAGUACUUGUAGAACGAAACUUUCUUUUGAGGUGUAAAAUCUUUGUCUCAUAUGUCAGGAAAUAAAAAAGACAGGGUGGGAGUUUGAAUGUGUAGCUAUAAGACAAAUUUCUUGGGCUUACUUUAUUUCCUGGCCAUGUCCUUGAAAGGUCCCAUCCUUGGAUAGCACAACCACCAAGGAAGGAAAUGUAGGCUAGUCAGAAUAUGAUCCCUGGGUGCUGGGGCAGAGAGAGUAUCAGCUUUGUGGAAAAUUUGGAUCUCCAAAUUUGAACUCCUCCCUAGAGAAAUCCAGCCACCAUCUUAUAAAAGACCAUUGUAGACCCACUCACGCUUUGGUUUAAAAUAGGCCAAGGGGAUAAGACCUGGGGCUCUGAGUCUUGCCCAUAGUAGGAUGAGUCAAGCAAGGGGAGCCAACAUUUGCUAAGUUAUCUACUGUAUGCCAGCUGUCAUGCUUGGCACUGUCCCUUAGUGACAGCUCACCUAGUCCUCAGCACCUCCCAUCGAGAAGCAGUUGAGGAAACCAACACACCUUCCUCAGAGAUGAAACCCUGAGUUCCAAAAAGGCAGGUGAUGGGGCUGAACAUUCUCUAUACUGUUUUCUUCAUUCUUUCUCAGCCAAGCAAUUAUUUUAUGGAGGAAAAAUAAGGCUAGAAACUUCUGAGCAGAGAACUCCACAAAUGGAAAUUGAAUUCUUCCUUUCUGAUGGCAGUUCUUCUGGGAAACCCAGAAUUUCAGAUACAUUUUAGUAACUCAUUCCUGGUUCCCCAGGAAAACUAGUCUUACCUAAUUUCUUCUUUAUGAAAACAAUGCUCCUGCUCCCUCAAGCUACCAGGGAGCCAACCAGGGACAUUCUACCUUGGUCUCUAGCCAGUACUUAGGCACAGGAUCUAGCAACCUCCCAUGGCCUGGGAUCUAGGAAGCUCCAUCUUGCAGACUGGUAUAAUCCCAAACACGGGACAAAGGACAAAGAAUUCAGUAAAGCACAGUUUUUGCCCUUUAGGGCUCACUAUAUACUGGAGAAAUUAAACCACCCAAAAUGGUGUGAAUGAGUGUUACCUGAGCUUGGGUGUGAGGCUCUACCUGUGGCUUCCUUGAAGAGAAAAUAUCCAUUCCAACUGGGUCUCAACAGGUAGAUAAAGGAAGAAAGGAAAUUCAAGCCAAGGGGGUCAAUGACAAAGAGGUAUAAAAAGGCAUCUGGAGGGACAGACAGUGAGAGGCCAGCCCUGCUGGAGCACAGCAGGCCAGGGACAGUGGGAGGCAAUGAGCCAGGGUCAGGGAGACGGAUGCCCCACUGAGGGUACAGGCAUUGCCCUGCAGGCAACAAGAAGCCUAUGGAGCUCUGCAGUGAUGUUCUCAGCUUGGUGUUGGAGAAGACUCCCUCUGGACCAGUGGGGCUGCCUUUUUCCUUUCAUCAGACACUGUGAAAACAUUCCCUUAAGCGUGUACUUUUAAUAUCAUAUCUAUUUGUCUGUCUGCUCAUUAUUUUGUUGCUGGAACAAAAUAUGCAGUGGAUUAUGAGACUCAGCUCCUGUGAGAAACCCAGGGUCUCUGCUUUAUCAUGGAGCAGGGUCAGCAACCCGGGCCUCCAAGCUCACUAGGACAGGACAUAAAAGGAGCCCAGGGAAGUGGCUUCAUUGGCAUGGACUCUGGAGCUGUCUAGAAGUCCAGGAACACCGGACUUGAUCAAGGAAGGGCUGUCGCUGUGGAGGUUCAAAAGGAAACAUCUCAAAGCAAAGGCAGGCAAAGGAACCCCACGACGAGCUUGCUCUUCUCCUUUGAUGGGCCUCUUCCCAGGUGUAUUUGAGCAGGUCCCCAGGACCCAACCCCCAGUGAUCCUGCCACCUUCCCCUGGCUCCAGUCUACUUCCUCAAAUGAUCUUCCCCAGCCUCAAGGAGCCUACAGCACAGCCUAUUGUGUGCUGGUUUUUUCCCACAUCUUGGGUGGAGGGAGGGCUAUUUAACACAAAUCCUAGAACUAAUUCUGCUCAGAAAGGGGUUAAACAUCUGACAGAUGAUGAUGACAGGGGUUUCCAUCAUUUCAUAUGGUAGUAAUUGAAAGGGUGACUUUAAAUUGUAAAAACUCAGGCUAUGCGGGGUAACCCAACAAGGGCCAGCUCAUUCCCUCACUUCCUAACAACUCAGUCACCCUCCAAAGAAGGCAAGGUAGUGAAGGACGCUAGUGUACACAAAAAGAAACUAAUACUCAUGGGUGGAGAUAACUUCUCUAGGAUCCCACAUAUGGAAGAUAUGUGGCAGGUCUUGGAUGAGAUGGGGUAAUGUUGCCCAGGAAUUUGGACUUGAUCCCUUGCCCAGAAAAUCUCACAAGCAAGCACCACCUCCCCAGGGCAUCUCUUCACCCCACCCUAGUUACAGGAUAGGCUUAACUUUUCAUGAACAGAGGACAAUAGUAUUAAUGCAGAGUCUCCACAAUAGAAGCUAGAUUCGUGUCCAAGGCACCAAAGAGUGCCCUUUCUUAGCAAAGAUCUUCCCAAGGUUUUCAUCUCCUAGACACUUGAAGAAGAUGUGAGGAACUAAUGAGAAUCCAGGAACUGUCCCCACCUGCAUGUGUUUGUGGCCUAGAUAACUUCAGUAAUCAGGAAUCUGCUAGUAUGAAGAUCCUGGGUCAUCCGGGGUCCUUCAGGCCUCCAGAUAGCCACAGCAGACCUCCCUUUGUGGGAAUAGAAGGUAAAGCUUGUUUUAGAUGUUGUCUUUCUCUGUGGUGUGGCCUGAGCAGUGACCCACUAGAUGUCAGACAUCACAGGAAGCAAAAAGACUCUGUGCUGGAGACUCUAACAUGUGAACCCACUUACUUCAUUACCCUAAGAAGCGUUUGUGAUUAUCAUAGCCCCAUCUUACUGAUGAAGAAUCAGAGGCACCAAAGGAUCAGAUCAUGCCCAAAGUUCCACAGCUGGUGAAUGAGCAUGCCAGGACUUAAACUGGGUCUUCUGAUCACUGAGACAGUGUUUUUUCCACCAUUGUGCCUGUCUACCUAUAUCUACAGAGACUAGAGUGAAGCAGAUAACUCAGUGGAUCCCAGUAAAUCCCAAAGUGAUGAUGGUAACCUUAAAAUUCCUUCAUAGACAAAUUCACCCUCCCCUAAGCAGACCCUCUGGUGUGAGGGUAUCCUGACCUCACUGUUCCUGAAUUGACCUCAACUAAGGUCUCUUUCAGUUGGGUGCUGGAAGAAAUCAUUGACAUACUAUAAGGAUGAGGACUCACCCAUCUGGCAUGAUGAAAGCCAAGCUGGAAGCAGGCUUACACAGCAGAUUCCUGAUUUCUGAGUUUUAGAAGGUGGUACCCAUGGUAAAGGUACAGUCCCAUUGUUGCUAGCACAGACAAAUCUGAGGCCAUUCUCUUCACAUGAUAGUCUAGGAUCUAGAAGGCCCCUCACUUUACCUUAGCUACACACGCUCACUGGUUUCCUGCAACAUGCAGCACCCUAGAGGGGGAGCUACCAGAAAGCACAGAUUACUAUGCUAUGAUUAGUAUGGCAUAGUGAAUCCCUUACUGAGGGACAGGAUUGUGGAGGAAAGAGCUCAGUCUUUGGUUUGAACCCCAACUUUACAUUUCUUGGCUAUAAAAUGGUGGGCCAAACAAUACAUUGAAAAGGGAACAUGAAAAUAUGCUUUAGCAAGUUAGAAUGGGUAAAUAUGGAAGGCUUUGGGCAGGCAAACAAGAAGGCAAGGCCAGGGAAAUGCAACUCAGUGAAUACACAAAACCAAAAAUGCUCAUGGGCCAUUAAGCAAAGUGGUCACACUUCUAUGACACAACAGGACAAGGGCAUGUGUAGGACUUGUCAGACUCACUUAGAACAAGGGUGCUGCUUUGGAACAAAUCUCAGUGUCCAGGGGAAAAGAUGAUAAUUUCCCCUUUGGCCAAUCAUGUUUAUUCAUCUUCCAUUUCUGGUUGCUAUGUUAACUCCUGCUGUGUCCUCACCAGGACCAGUAUUUCCUCUGCUCUGUUGUGAACCCCUGUAGAGUACAUAAAGGUGGCAGUCUAGGAAGGCUGCUGCAGAUAACCGAAAAUCAGCCCAGGGAGGAGUAGCCAGGUAUUUAUCAUGUCAUCUCUGGAACAGUGACUGCCCAACCCAACUCAAGUCCAAAGACAUUGAAGGAAACAAUCAUUCACCUGGACUUCCCUUCCUGAGAGCAGAAUGGACAAAUCCACCCUUCCUUGGCCUAUAGUUGUUAAUCAGCACCAAGCUAAAUUAGGAGUGGUACUGUGGAAGGGUGAGCAUCAAUGGGAUGUUAAUCCUAAGCCAUAACAUCAAAAAAUUGUACUGGGUCAAGGUCCCCAGAGACAAAUUUCGAAUUCAAGCUGAAGGGCAAGUUAGAAGAUGAAACACAGAGGGUCAUGUCAUCUCAAAGACCUGAUUUGCCCUCCCCAUCACCCAACUAAUAUGAGCCCCUUCUCAGCUUCUGAUCAGCUCCAAAUUACAGCCAAGCAUAACAGAAAUAGGAAAAGUAAAUUCAACUAGAAGAAACCAGCUGAGAUUCAGUUGUAUUCAUAUACUCCUGUGCAAGGGUUCCCUGUUGGAGGUUUUCCAGGCAUACAUAUCUAGAAGGUAUAAAGGGCAGAGCCUUGACUUUACCUAGCAGGGAUCUGCCAUAGAGGUCAUAUACUAUUUGAACAUAAAGAUCAGUGGUGGACAUUGGGGAGAGUGUUCCAGUUCCAGUUUUCUCUGACACAUAUUUUAGGGUCAUGGACCUGAUUGUCAGAAGCACAUCAGAGAUGUCUAUGCUGUAUCUGUGCACAUGAACAGACUCUCAGUUUCUUGGGAACCAAGGGUAGAUUUUUGCAUGGUACUGGCUAUUCAGCUGUCUUAUAGAAAUUAAGAUCAUCUCUUGUGUAUCUCCUGCCCACUUCCAAAAGAGGUUGGAAAGGAUAACAAAGGAGCUACAUUCACCCGCUGAAAUCCACCCAUGAAUGUUAGGUCUCCAAGAGAAGGGAUCAGCAGUCGCAAUAGGAGCCCCCACACAUGGCUUCCCACCCAUCUAAGAGCAUGGUGGUAGUCCAAUGGGGCCAAUACAAGGGAUAUGGAAAAAGUCAGGAUGGAGAGAAUCUAUUGGAAAGAGCUUUGAGAUAUGGAUGACCAUCAAUUGCCUUCUGUGUCUGAGAGCUGCUCUGGGAAGUAGGAGCCAAAACUUUGUCCUUGAUUGGAAUAUUCAGAGAAUGAAGGUCUAGGAAUAUGGAGUAUUAGGCAAAUGCUUGUGUGGAAUCCUGGAGCUCAGGGUAAUUAAGGUACUUCAUGGUUCCUCAGAGAAUGGUACUCUUGGAUUUAGGGGAGGAAGAGUGGUGGUAAAUAACUUGCCAAAAUUGAGGUCCCAAAGUCGUAGUACUUUAUUCCCUUUGGGCUCAUGAAUGCAAUCUAGUGGGCCCUGACAUGAUGGUCUAACAAACUCUCAGUACCCACCCUGCUCCAGUCUCUCCCAUUAAAAAGUGUUUGGGGGGGGGCGUUCAAAGCCCUCAGGGAUUACCGGAGGAUUAGGGAAAAGAGUGGCGCCAUCACAAGUAAAAUCAAGCUUCCGAAGGGUCAGGCAGAAUACUAACCUCCAUAUCCCCCAUGGGAGUGCAGAUUAUUCAACAAAGUCAAGCACAGUUUGCUAUCCCAGCUCACCUCUGUGAGUGGAACUAGGACCAUGAGUGAAACUGAGUAGCUAUAGGAAGAACUUGCUAACUACAGGAAAGGAUAAACUGCCCAUCUCAGCAGCUGUUUGGCAGAGCCAGAUAUCUCCUGAAAGGGAACAUGCAGUGUUGCUUAGAUGGCCUUUAAUUGACUUCCAUUCUCAGUGGGUAAGAUCUUGUGGUGCUGGAAUCAUGUUUGAACUCAUUCAUACCUGCAGAGCACAAAGCUGAGUGGGACACAUUUGAUUCAUGUAGAUUGAAGCCUUCCUUUUUCCCACCCAAGUCUUCCCAUCACACAGGCCAAGAUACUGCUCUGGUCACAUAUCCUGGGCUCAUCCAAGUGGUUAUCACCAAACAUCGAGCCAGAGGGAACAGCUGCUUUGCCAUAGACCUGAUGUCUCUGGGGAUCACUGAUGAAAGCAACCAUGACCCAUAUCCACUGGCCAUCAGGGCCAUCAGUGACAACUAGAUCCAAUAAAGGUCCAGGGAGGACCCAGAGCAUAUCUUUGCUUACCAUUACUUAGACAUUGUCCCCAAAGGUUAAUUCUAUUCCCAUUCCCAACUCAAGACCUGUUGGAGCAGAUUUCAAAAGCACAGUGACUCAGUUGACGUGUGAUAUAAUCAUUCCCAGUACAUACAUUUCAUCAUGAGGUGGAUCUUGGGCUAACCUCGGUUAACCCCAUGGGUAAUCAAAUUUGAAAUCACUUUUCUACCUUCUCUUUUCACUCUAUAUCAUCAUGGCCAAUCAAAGGCAGAUUUGGGGCUUCUACCAUUAUCUUGGCUACAGGACACCCUCAUAGCUCUCUAAGGGCUAUCAUGAGGUCCCCUUGCAAAUCCAGGGAGGCUAUUAUUUCCAUAUCCACUGGGCAUACAAUAUUGCAUGAGACCAAAGUCUCCACACUAUUUACAGCCUCCUCCAUGAAUCCCAAUGGCCUGCACUUGUACAGUUUGGGUGUUUGAUAGAUAAAGCACGUAUGAGAAGAGAAAACAAAAUAAAUCAACUUAAAAAAUAAAAAAGCCAGCACUGUGCUGUCAAUGUUCUUUUUUUUUUUUUCUUUCCAAUUCUAGCUUAAAAAAGCAGAAGGUAAAUAAUGUCAGGUCAAUGAAUAUCAGAUAUAUUUUUUGACUGUACAUUACAGUGAAGUGUAACCUUUUUACACCUGCAAGUCCAUCUUAUUUAUUCUUGUAAAUGUUCCCUGACAAUGUUUGUAAUAUGGCUGUGUUAAAAAUCUAUACAAUAAAUCUGUGA